CGACUGUUCAGUUCAUGGYUCGCUCGUGCAAGUCACGAUGUUGUUUUGCACGAAAACGUCGARCAAAGAGCUUAUUUUUCUCCUACUUUCCAGCCACUUUUUAGMCUUAUUCACUAUGAGUGGUGGAAGUUUGAUAGAGGAGAGUUGUAGUAAACAACUGAGAGUUUCUGUKAGGAUUAGCGGGACUGACAUYAAAUGUGGAGACAAAUAUCCGUUGAGUAAGGUUGGGAAUCCAGAGCAACCAGAAUUUAGUUUUUCRGCAGCUGACGAGGAUAGUAUGUAUGUCCUGACAAUGAUUGACCCAGAUGCACCAUCAAAUGCUAAUCCUAAGUUCAGAAGCUGGCUGCAUUUUAUGGCUGUCAAUGUURAGGGAAAAGACCUCAAAGACGGCAAUAUCCCUGGAAAUGCUAUAGUGAUGGAAUACAAUCCCCCUGGCCCUCCCAAAGGUUCUGGCUUUCACCGAUACAUUACCCUGGCUCUCAAGCAAAGUAAACAACUAGAGGGGAUUUCUUUCCAAGAGAGGAAGAGCUUCGACAUUGAUACCUUUGUUCACGCUAAUGGUCUAACAGCUGAGGGAUCAAACAUGUUUGAAACAGAAAGAAAAUAAAUUGGUUCCCCUGGUUUGGCAGUGAAAUUUUGUUGGCAGUUCAAUAAAAUAAUAUCUUGAUAGUAAAACGUAUCUUGAAAAUAGUAUAAACCUUAUGUAAUAAGGUAAAAGAAAUGAUGGCUUCCUCCUAUCCCCCCCAUCCCCCGCCAUUACCACCACUGUAGACGUGUGCCGACCUAUAUUGGCUCAGAAAUGAUGUAAGGAAAGAGUUUAUGUUAAGAAAAAUAAAAUAUUUUCCUGUAAAAGCA